GAUUUAGCUGUUGUACAGAUGUGGGAAACGAGGCUCAAAAAGGAUCUGAAGAGAUCUCCUGGAUGUGGAGUGUAAUUUCUCAUAGCCACCUUUGCGCUGUGCGGUUUGUUGAAAAAAUGUUUGGAAGGUUGACUCUUCCACAACUGCUCUUUGCUAGCAUCCUUGGAAUUGCUGGAGGAAUAUAUAUUUAUCAACCAAUAUUUGAACAGUAUUCCAGAGAUCAGAAGGAAUUAAAAGAAAAGUUGAAAUUGGCACAAGAAUCAGAAGAGAAGAAAAGUUAGUACUACGUGGAGUUGAACUGUAAUUGCUUAAGGUUCUAUUAAAAUUAUACAUUGACUAUAAAUAAUCCACUAAAAACUGCUUGAUAUAUUUUAAACGUAAAUAAAUCAUAUGUGAUGAUUUUAAAUGACUUUUUAAACCAGCACUCUCAAUUUUAACGUUUACUGUACUUUUAUUUGCCAUUUUAUGUCUUUUCACCAGGACAGAUUAGUAAUUUCUUUGUCAGCAAAAAUGAAUGUCUUGAGGAAUAUUUUGUUUCCUAGUCAAGGUUUGUUUUUCUGGGAUUGCAGAAUAUACAGUAUCGUAGGGUGACAGUGUAGACUGUAUUUAUAAAAUAGCUGUGAACAGUGUUUACAGUUGUAUGUGUAGAUGAAGUGAACCAAGUGAACCAGCUCAGACGGAAUGCCCCUCAAUUAGCCUACACUCAGCCUGGUUCAGUAUACUUUGGCAGUCUUUCACCGCCAGCCAUGUCUCAUCCCAGGCAUGAUGGAGGUGUAAAUGGAGAGUUGGGGUGGCUCAGAUCAAAUGGAGGUUUUAGAGAAGAUAGAUGGUGUAUAUAGGGUAGCAAAUAUGACAUAUCUGUUUAAUGCACUAAGCAAAUUUGCAUUAAUAGUAGCGGUAAAGGAGGGGUUACUUUGUUAUGGAGCUGUCACUCAUAUAGGGAAAGAGAUUUUGGAAAUUGCUAAGAACUGCUAUUACUUUUUUACCCUAACAGUCUUAAGCAUGUAUUUUCAAUGAGAGCUUUAAGUGUAAUCACAUAUGUAUAAAAUGCUCUAUUUAAAUCAACUUAUUUUUAUUAUUAUUUUUUUCUCAAAAAGUAAAUUCAUCACAGCUUAAUCUGAGCUGUCUGUGUUGAGUGGAACCCAGGAUGGGUAAUUAAAAAAAAAAGUGAAGAAAAAAUUA